AUGACUUUACGAGGUGCCAUACAAUACCAGUGAUACCCAGCCUGGAACCUCUCCCCUCUCUCCUCGUCGACGAUGUCAGGCCUCUCCAUUCCAGGCCUCUGUCCCAUCUAUCUCCCCGGCAAGGAGCCCCUCCCACCCGGCACAACCGACGAAGAUCGUGCCAAUCUCGCACAAAUCCAAUACUAUUCCAAGCUCACUUCGGGAUUCAUGGAGUCUUGCCCAGCAAAAUGCGCCCUCUCCGGCGUAGCUGGAUUUGGACUAGGCGGUCUCUUCUCCCUCGUAUCGGCAAGCUUCGCAGUGGAUGAUCCGAUGCGAAGGAGUAAUCUACAGGCAGCAGCUAUGGCUGCACAACCCGGUGUGCCGCCCCCACCUGAAUUGACGACGAUGCAGCAGACGGGACAAUUCUUUAGAGAGACGGGAAAGAACAUGUAUAGGAGCGCAAAAGGAUUUGGAAAAGUGGGAGCAUUGUACGCUGGAAUCGAGUGCUGUAUAGAGGCUUACAGAGCAAAAAACGACAUUGUCAACCCCGUCACGGCGGGCUUCGCAGCAGGGGGUAUCCUCGCUCGCAAUUCGGGACCUCAAGCCAUCAUUGCAGGAGGAGCAGCCUUUGCGGCCUUUUCUGCCGCCAUUGACCUGUAUAUGCACAAGGAGCCAGCAGAAGACUACUGA